CACUACCGCUGAUCCAAAGUAUUAUCACUCUUAUUGUUUUAUGAUAAUUUCUCAUUAUAUGGUGCGUGAAAGAUGGCGGAACAAGUCCGACGCGACUUUAAUAGGACUGCGUUGUCAGUGCGAUGUGGACGGGCCUGGUAUACGGGUCAGCGAGCGGAAAAAAUUCCUCCAGGAUUAGUGGGUGUCGUCGGCAACGAUUGUACCAGUUUAGAUCUCUCUUACAACGAACUAACCUCUAUCACCGCUGUCAAGGAUUACAAGAGGCUACAGGAAUUGAUACUCGAUAAUAAUAACCUUCGAGAUCUCAGAACAUUGCCCCAAAUACCGACGCUGACCACUCUCAGUUUAAAUAACAAUAAGAUAUCGGACAUAUACGCCGCGUUGAAAAGGAUACAAGAAUGUUGCCCCAGCGUGGUGCACGUGAGCUUGCUGGGCAAUUCAGGAUGCCCCGAUCAAUUGACCCAUCCAACGUCCACGGACGAAGAGGAUUAUGAUCGUUACAGGCUUUAUGCGAUAUACGUGUUACCAACGAGCCUCCGUUUCCUCGAUUCACGACCAGUCACGCGUCGUGAAAAAAUAGACGCUGAAAGCCGAGGCAAAUACUCGAGGACCGUGAAACUGGUUCCAGAAUUAUCGUCAAAGUUAGUCUCCAAUACGAUAGACGAAUUCGACGAUAUAUUGUUCAACGUUCACUAUACGCCUUUGCCAACGUCGACUCGCGAUCCCCUCGACCAUAAAGGAGCCUUUGGAAGAUGUAAGUAUCGGUAUUCCGGAAAGAAUUCCGAAGGAAACCGAUUUAUCUCGAACAAUGAUCUUUGAACGCAGACUGAAAACGAAAUGGAAAUCAUGCUUUGCCAAACGAAUGAAAAACGAAAACAAUAGUCAGUCCCGUAAAGUAAGAAUAAUCAAAACGAUGCACAAAGUCUAUCUUACGUGUUCCAUAUAUUCAUGACAGAAGCUCUCAGCUGCGUGACCGACGACGCGUUGGUUUCAAUUACCGUAUUACAAUUGUUAUUCCUUUUUUAUUUUAUAUACGCAUAUAUCGAAUAAAACAUAAUUCUGAAUGAAUAAAGGUAUAAAACUUUUUAUUAUCAUGUACACCGAAGAGUGACAUAUAAAUAGAUGUCUGAUUUAAUUCCGUUCAGAUCGACCGAACGAACGCGUGCCACGUGGCACCGAACGGAAACAGAUACGCGUGUCGUAAAUUUUAACACAAGUUAUCUCCAUUCCUAUUAUUGACUAUAUUAUUAAUUUAACGUUAUUGGUCCUUAACGUACACAACAUAGUCUCGUAACGAUACGUUCCCUCAACGUGUAGCGAAUUCAUUUCUCGAUAACCGUGGACAUCAAACGAACAACCCUCUUUUGUGUACGAUGCUUCGCAAUUCCCUGAUCGACUCGACACGCGUCUCGUCGCGCCGCUCGAACCUUUAUUAAGAACUUACAACGAAGGCAGUUUAUAGUUCCGAUCGUUAAACCCUGUAUUUAGGAAGAGCCUUACGGAUAAGUACACGAUGCUAUUAUACCUAUACGCCUACAUGUAAUAAUCGGAGACUCGACGUUGUAUAAUUAAUUAAGUACGUAUACGGUAGGUUUCCAAUUUACGCCGCAAACGGUGCAAGGUGGCGCUCGAAUACUGCAACUCCCGAGAACACCGACGACGCUCUCGUAACUUUCUGGCGCUGACAUCCAAAGCCCCGUGGCCUACCAUUAUUGUAUAAUCCUACACGAGUGUAUAAAUAUAACAUGUAUUUGAAUAUAUUUAUAUAUACUGGGAACCGGUCAUAUUUAAUUUCUUAAAUGCACCGUUCCAUGGGUCUGGCAAUGCUCGACGCGAGAAAUCAUUCAAGAGUAUCGUACACACUGGAAGCAUCUUUCUCGUCAAGAAAGGCAAGUGUUCACAAUGUACGCCACGUUCCAAACGUUUAAAUUUCUCAUCCUUGAUUUUAUUAUUUCAUUCGGGACUCGAUUCUCGUCGCGGGUUAAAAUUAUUUUCUUUUUAGGUUAGGGUCCGCAAUGAAGCGUUUCUUGUCUUGGUUGGUUUCAAUAGAAACGCACGUCAUUUCGACGCUCAUUGUGAUCCUAACCUAGAAAGAAAAUAAUUUUAACUCGCGAAAACAGACAAGACUUGGUUGUUUUCAAUCGUUAGACAAGGAAAAUGUAAAAACGCACAGGGUUUGAAAAUUGACAAGUAUUUAACGAGAAACAUACGUUUGGAACGGACCCAUAGUAUCAAUUACCUCUUCAUCAUCCCUCUUCGUAAAUAAUACACACGUCCACGAAGAACGCUCAUGCACAGUAAACACUCAAUAGUCAUCUCGCCUAGACGGAUGUUUAUUAAAAAUUUUGCUACGCAUUAACCUACGGUCGGUAAACUUAUACGAGAAGGACGACGCUUGUUCUUUGACAUAUUGCACGAAUUUUACGCGCCA